GUCCUCGGAGAAAAAAAAAAAAACAUGGCUUCGCACACAAGCAGGUCGCUGCUGUCUCUAGGUCGAAUAAGUGCUUCUGGUCUUGGGCUACAGGGGCCGUUGAGCAGAGUCGCCUACGCGACGAAUGUGUCUACACGUUAUUCUGCGGGAAAAACCGGUUUUCCCGAUAGAGCCGGUGGUAAAUUUGCCAGGAGGCCCAGGAGAGCACCAGGGGAGCCCAGGACAGAAAAGAUGCCUGUGGACCAGGACUGGACUGCCGUGUAUCCAGCAGCGGCCCCCUUCAGACCGGGCUCCGUCCCCCUGCCCGUGAGGAUGGGCUACCCCGUGAAGAGAGGCGUCCCUCCGGAGAAGAAGGGCAACCUGGAGCUGAUCAAGAUACCAAAUUUUCUGCAUUUGACACCGGCGGCCAUCAAGAAGCACUGUGAAGCUCUGAAAGCGUUCUGCACAGAGUGGCCCUCCGCCUUGGACACGGACGCCAGGUGCGACGAGCACUUCCCCAUCAAAGCGGAGAGCACGGACUACGUGUCCGCCGGCCCGUCGGUCCGGAACCCAGCGGCCCGCGCCGUUCACCUCAAAGUGAAGUUGUCCAGUUUGAAUCUGGAUGACCACGCAUUGAAGAAAAUGCUCAAACUCGUGGGGGAGAGAUACUGCAAAGACACCGACACGCUCACCAUCACGACUGACAGGUGCCCAUUGAGACAGCAGAAUCAGGACCACGCCAUGUACCUGCUCACGGUCCUUUACCACGAGUCCUGGAAAACGGAGCCGUGGGAGGCGGAGAAGAGCGCGGCGGACAUGGAGGAGUACAGCUGGGAGGGCAGCCCGUCCCAGAGGAACCUCCUGGACACGCUGCUACGCGUCGAGGGAGGAGGCGAGGAGGCGCGGGAGCAGCUGCUGGGCAGGAGGGAGGUGCGGGAGUACAAGGACAGCGUCACGAGGUUGAAGAACGAAGGGGAGAGCGAGGGCGCCGUGAUGCGGUACAAGGAGGCCGUGAAGAAAGUGCUCCACCUGUGACACGAAUGUGUUUACACAAAGAUGGGGGGGGGGAGAGCAGGAGGGUUCACAAAAACGUGAAACACUCUACACCCCGGUGUCAGAUCACUUGCAUUAUUGUUCAAUUAGCUCAACGGUUGUGUGGUACUGUCUUGAAUACAAAAACCAAUAAAAGCCUAAUGGAUGCUGCUGUUGUUGAAGCUUAA